AAAGCAAACAAAAGAAAAAAAAAGAAAAGGAUAAAUUGGAAAAAUGAAAAAGAAAUCUCUCUCUCUCUCUCUCACAACUUUGAUGGUGAAUGAUGCCACCACAGCAUAAAGUUUCCAUCACAGUCUUCUUCUUCUUCAACUAACUUCUCUCUCUCUCUUUAGAAAGUUAGGGUUUCAAAUUCACUGUCUCAUAGUUGUUGUUCUAGUCUCAUUUCACCAAGCAAUUUUAUUUAUGUAUGGAGGAAUAUUUCACUUGCUGGAUGCGAUGCGGCUGAUGGAAGGAUUACGGAGUUUUCGGUUUUCUGGAUUGAGUUUAGAGCACCAAUGAUUUGGUCUUUUUUUUCGGAGAUAUGAUUCUUUAGUCGAUGUAUUGGUAGCUUGCGGCUGAAGAAAGAGAAGUGUUAAAGACACCACAUUAGUAGCAUUUGGAACCAGUGCCACAUUUCGACAAGGAGAAAGGGUUAAGGUAGAUGGAAACUGCUAAGCGUUGGUUUGCAAAAUUUCGACCAAAAGAGAAACCUAAGGCGUCAACCAAGAAGAAGGAACCUACUCCGAAUGGGAGAGACAGUUCAAAAACACCAUUAAAUGAGGAAACUCCUUCAAAUGCUACUAAGCAGAAGGUAGCUGCUGCCAAGCAGUAUAUAGAAAAGCAUUACAAGGAGCAGAUGAGAAGCCUGCAAGAACGGAGGGAGCGGCGUAAUAUGCUAGAGAGGAAAUUGGCUGAUGCUGAGGUCUCUGAGGAAGAGCAAAACAACAUUUUGAAGUACCUCGAGAAAAAGGAAACAGAAUACAUGCGCCUCCAGAGGCAUAAAAUGGGUGCUGAUGAUUUUGAGCCAUUAACAAUGAUAGGAAAGGGUGCAUUUGGCGAGGUUAGAGUCUGUCGCGAGAAGUCAACCGGCCAUGUGUAUGCCAUGAAAAAGCUAAAGAAGUCAGAGAUGCUUCGUCGGGGCCAGGUUGAACAUGUCAAAGCAGAAAGGAAUCUACUUGCAGAAGUCGACAGCAAUUGCAUUGUAAAACUUUAUUGUUCUUUCCAAGAUGAAGAAUAUCUGUAUCUUAUAAUGGAGUAUCUCCCUGGUGGAGAUAUGAUGACUCUGCUGAUGCGCAAAGAUACAUUAACGGAAGAUGAAGCCAGGUUUUAUGUUGGGGAAACAGUUCUUGCAAUUGAAUCUAUCCACAAACAUAAUUAUAUUCAUAGAGAUAUCAAGCCUGAUAACUUGCUUCUUGACCGAAAUGGACACAUGAAGUUGUCGGAUUUUGGAUUAUGUAAACCACUGGAUUGCAGUAGUAUUCAAGAAAAAGAUUUUUCAGUAGGAAAUAACUACAGUGGAUCUCUUCAAAGUGAUGGGCGUCCUGCAGCACCAAAACGCACUCAGCAAGAGCAACUGCAACACUGGCAAAGGAACAGGAGGAUGCUUGCUUAUUCAACUGUUGGUACGCCCGAUUAUAUUGCUCCAGAAGUUCUGCUGAAGAAAGGAUAUGGAAUGGAAUGUGAUUGGUGGUCUCUCGGGGCUAUCAUGUAUGAGAUGCUUGUGGGAUAUCCACCAUUCUAUUCAGAUGAGCCUAUGUCUACAUGCAGAAAGAUAGUAAAUUGGAGAACUCAUUUAAAAUUUCCUGAGGAGGCAAAACUAUCAUCGGAAGCAAAAGAUCUUAUCUGUAAGCUCUUAUGUAAUGUAGAGAAAAGGCUUGGAACUAGAGGUGCUGAUGAGAUUAAGGCUCACCCGUGGUUCAAAGGCAUUGAAUGGGAUAAGUUGUAUCAAAUGAAAGCUGCAUUUAUUCCAGAAGUCAAUGAUGAACUGGAUACUCAAAACUUUGAAAAGUUUGAAGAGUCUGACGCCCAAGUCGCAUCAAGUACAAAAUCAGGUCCCUGGAGGAAGAUGCUCUCAUCUAAGGAUGUCAACUUUAUGGGCUACACGUAUAAGAACUUCGAAAUUGUGAAUGAUCAUGAAGUUCCAGGAAUAGCUGAACUGAAGAAGAAGAGCACCAAACCUAAACGACCAACUGUCAAGUCCCUCUUCAAUGAAGAGUCAAAUUCAACAUCCGCUCAACCCGCACAAGGAAGCUUUCUCAGUUUACUACCUUCCAAACUAGAAAUCUCCAAACCGGGCGAAUCAUAUGCUCACUGAUCUGUUGAUAGAAUCCGACAAUUGUAGUGAAAAAGGUUGGAAAAACAAGGUUAAAGUUCACCUGAAGUGAAUAGGAUUUGUUGGGCUGUUUUCAUCUGGUUGCGCUUGAACUGUAAAGUAUCCAAGAUGAAGGCAGUUUUCCCAAGUAUAUGUACCUUGAUUUUGAGGUUGUGUAAAUUAUAUGUCGUGUUUGUACAUAUUUUCUUCUUCCUUUUCUUGUUCUUUUUCUGUUCUCAUCGUUGAUUUGUUUCUGUUCUCCUUGUCAAGUAGUAGACACUAAUUUAUUUUUCAUGUAAUUGUUGUCUGAGUAUAGGGUUAAUUUGAACAAAAGCAAUUUUGAGAAUGGAACAUCUUGUGGUGUUGAAUUCUUA